ACAGGUUAAACCUGUUCAAUUCAGGCACGUGCAUUUUUAUGUAUUUGUCCCUCGAACAAUAUAGUUAUGGCUCGUCAAUUAUCUGUGCCAUUUCCUACAUUCACUUUCACUAAACCGCCGCUCAGAACUCACUUCCUUCUCGGAUUUAGCAAACAUUUCACUUUUAGUGGCAAAGUUAGAUGUAUUACUGGUCAAAGCAUUACUGAUGAGAAUACUGUGAGACGAUCUGCAAAUUACCAACCUCCCUUGUGGGAUUAUGAUUUUGUGCAAUCACUCAAUAGUGAAUUUAAGGGAGAAGUGUACACAAAACGGAUUAGCAAGCUGAAGGAAGAAGUGAGGAUUAUGCUUAACCAACCCAUCAAUAAUUUGAAUCAACUCGAAUUAAUUGAUACCUUGCAGAGACUCGGAAUAGCUUAUCACUUUGAAGAUGAAAUAAAGAGACAGUUGAUGGGUAUUUACAAUCGUAAACGAACCGGAGUUGCAGGGACGGAGGGUUUUUACAAUCGUAAACGAACCGGAGUUGCAGGGACGGAGGGUUUACAUGCUAUAGCUCUUGAGUUUAGACUUCUAAGGCAGCAUGGCUACACCAUAUCACAAGAUGUCUUUAAUAUUUUCCUAGAUGAAAUGGGAAACUUCAAAGUAUGUCUCCGUGAGAGCUUAGAUGGAGUGCUAUCUUUGUAUGAGGCAUCAUUCCUUUCAGAAGAAGAUGAGAAUAUCUUACAAGUAGCAAGAGAUUUUACUACAAGUUAUCUCAAAAACUACAUUAAACAAAACAAGAAUGACAAUUAUAUAUCUAUGUCGAUAACUCAUGCACUGGAGAUGCCAUUGCAUUGGGGGAUGCUAAGGUUGGAGACUAGGUGGUCCAUUGAUAUCUAUGAGAGAAAACAAGGCAUGGAUUCUCUUCUGCUGGAGCUUGCUAAAUUGGAUUUCAACUACGUCCAGGCAAUACACCAAGAGGAUCUUAAAUACACAUCAUGGUGGUGGAUGAAUAUAGGCCUUGGAGAAAAGUUGAGCUUCGCAAGAGACAGGUUAAUGGAGAAUUUCUUGUGGACUAUAGGAGUGACAUUUGAACCACAAUUUGGAUAUUUUAGGAGAAUGUCGACAAAACUCAGUGCACUAAUUACAGUAAUUGAUGAUAUUUAUGAUGUGUAUGGCACCCUGGAUGAACUUGAAUUGUUCACCGAUGCUGUGGAAAGAUGGGAUGUCCAUGCAACAGAGCAGCUUCCAGACUACAUGAAGAUAUGUUUCUUAACUCUCCAUGACACAAUAAAUGAAAUGGCUUUUGACACCCUUAAGGAACAAGGAUUUCACAUUAUUCCUUACUUGAAGAAAUCCUGGGCAGAUAUAUGCAAAUCUUACUUAUUGGAGGCCAAAUGGUAUUACAGUGGAUAUACACCAACACUGCAAGAAUACAUCGAUAAUGCAUGGAUUUCCAUAUCAGCUCCUGUUAUAUUAGUUCAUGGUUAUUUUCUUUUAAAAACUUCGAUAACAACUGAUGCCUUGAAAGCCUUGAACGAAUAUCCUAACAUAAUUCGUUGGUCGGCCAUGAUUCUUAGACUUGCAAAUGAUCUUGGAACAUACUCGGAUGAAUUAAAAAGAGGGGAUGUUCCAAAAUCAAUUCAAUGUUACAUGCAUGAAAUUGGAGUUUCAGAAAUAAGAGUUCGUGAGCACAUCCGAUAUUUAAUUAAUGAAACAUGGAAAAAGAUUAACAGAGAACGAGUUGUUGAUUCUCCAUUUUCAGAAAUUUUUAUUGGCACAGCAAUUAACCUAGCUAGGACGGCACAAUGCAUAUACCAAUAUGGAGACGGGCAUGGAAUUCAAGACCAAGAAACUAAGGAUCGUGUUUUAUCAUUACUUGUUCAACCUAUUCCUUGUACACACUUUUUAUGAUUACUUAUGUAUUCU